AUGGCUGUGUGUUAUCCGGUCUGUCACCAAUCUGUCCCUGCUGUCAUUCAGACAGACACCUACAGCCCCUUUCGCCAUACCCACAUGCACCAUGCCGCUCCCUCCCUGCCUGCCCCCCCCUCACAGCUGGCUGGACAACAACAGCAUCGAGGGCCCUCUCCCAUCUGCCAUCUGCUCGCUGCCCUUCCUGUGGCGCAUGCUUUUGAGGCACCUCGUAAGUCGUCUCCUGCCUGGGAUCUUGAUAAUGUGCAAGCCACUUGUGUUGUACGAACAGCAACUAGUGGCUCUGGGUGUCAGCAUGUUGUUACCCAACCUAGUCUCGAUGUGAGCAACAACAGCCUGUACGGGCGCAUCAACCGCAACUUCAGGAACAUGGUGGCAGAUGGAGACGCCCUCAUCAACUUGGCUCACAACUUCUUCUUUGGUGAUGCAGUGCUCUUUGCUGCCGGCUGCCAGAUCUGCCCGGUUGAAAUCAACGAGCCCAACAACCUUGUGCUGGGGGAUACCAGUUCUGGUGACGGGGCCGGGAAGUGCGUUAGCGGCAUAUCUGCAAAGAAAGAUUACUCAGUGGCGGAGGCAGGGAAGGGCGCGAGGGUGAGUCUGGCGGGGAACUGCCUGACCCUCAGCCUGGAUUCGGACUGCCCUUCCAACGCCACCCAGCGCAGCACGGCAGCCUGCCAGGCGUUCUGCAGCAUCACGGACAACGGCCCGUGUGACGGCCAUGGGGAGUGCGUGCCACCUGCCCCCACCUCCUCCCGCUCCUCCAACUUCACCUGCCUCUGCCAUGCCGGCUACUCUGCUGUUGACUUGGGCAACGGCUCUACCUGUGCUGUUGUUAACACCACCACCACGGAGGUUUCUUCCCUCUCCACGGGAGCCAUAGUAGGCAUUGCCGUGGGCUGCUUUGCUGGCUUCACUCUGCUGGCCGCUAUACUCGCAUGGGUGCUGUGGCCCCGCAAACAGAGUGAGACCUCCAACCCUUUUGAGGCGCCUAAGAAAUCGCAAACUGAUUAA